AUGAAUACUACUACAGUCUCCACCAGGGCUAGCUUAUGUUCAAGACCUAUAAGAAGCACCAAAGUAGAGCAACCGCCGCAGAAGAAGAAGAAGGAGAGGAAUAGUAGUAGUGCAGGAUGGUUUUCACUACAACUACUUCCAGAUGAGAUCGUUUUGAAUUGUAUAGCACGCAUCUCUAAAUCUCAGUACCGUUCACUCUCCUUAGUCUCCAAGACCAUCCACUCUCUCAUCUCUGUCCCAGAGCUCUACACGGUUCGCUCCCAGAUCGGAAAUACAGAGCCUUGCCUCUGCAUACGCCAAGAGUUACCCACUCAUGAUCGUUGGUACAUUCUUGACCAAACUCUUGUUACUAGUACCAACAGUAAUGGUUUGAUUAAGGAUGAGUUUAACUUAUUACCCAUCACUUCGUCGCCUUUAUCAAAGUCAACCACUUUAGCCGUCGGUUUCGAAGUCUACCAAAUGGGAGGCGACCAGCUGCCAUCAUCCACCGUUCGUGUGCUUGAUUUUAGGACUCGCACUUGGCGUGAUGCUCCUGAUAUGGGGGUAGCAAGGAAACGCCCCGAGUCUGCUCUUAUAGACGGCAAGAUAUAUGUAGUUGGAGGAGAAACAAAGGAGUCCUCCUCCUGGCCUGAGGUUUUUGACCUAAAGUCUCAGACUUGGAAUCCAUUGCCUAACCUCAAUGAUGACGGCAAAGCUGAGGUUCAGCUUCGUAUAGGAGAGCUAUUGGCCACCACAAGUAACCAUAAAAGAUUUUGCAACUGUCAUUUUCUGAUGGAGGAAGGUGAGUUUCCAUGGAAGAUCCCAUUCUCUGAUGGGGAACCAUAA